GCAGUCCCGUAUAACUGGAUGGUGAGGUUGGGAGUUCUCUUUCCCUGCUUGGCGAAGUACAUUCCCAAGCGGGCCAUGGAAGGGCUCUGGGCAGGCAAAGGUAUUAUGUUUGGUCACCGAAUAACAUUUUCCAACAAAAAAACAAAGAGGACGUGGAAACCCAAUGUUCAACGAAAAGAGUAUUACAGUGAUAUCUUAGAGCGCACAGUAAGGGUGAAACUUACCACAGCAGCCAUGAGGUGGAUAGACAAGGCAGGAGGAUUUGAUCCUUAUAUCUAUCACACCCCGGAUCACAAAUUGGCAUCCAACUUGGGAUCUCAGCUAAAAGAAGAAAUGAAACGUAGAAUAGAGGAGUCCAAUGGCACCGUGAAGACGCCUCUGAGAGCGACAAGGACUCAGAAACGACCGUUCUGGUGGAACGAAGAGUAUGACAAGAGAGCAAGAGAACUGAGAACUAUGAAACUUGAUUUUCUUCCUAGAAGUAGAGACACAUUGCCACCGCCUCCAAUAGAGUGUCGAAGUGUAUAGGCUAGAUCAUACUGCAAUUUGUUAUUAAAAUCACGUUAUGAUAGAAGUCACGUGAUUGGUUUUGGUUGACCACAUUGUAGUGUUGUAAAUGUCACGUGGUGUGACACAAGCAUGUAAGUAUUGUAGUCUAAAGAGUUUCUGUCAAGAUUUUAG